CACGGUGACUGCAAAGACCGUGGUAGGCAUCCGCCUGCAUAAGCAUCUCGGCGAAACAGAGGGGAAAAUCUGGGCGUCAUGCUGAUCUGCAGACACGAUCUAUAUCCAUGCCGUGCGCUGCGUUCCCAGGCGUCUGAUAAUGUGUGGGUGAUCGUGGGUGGAGGGGAAUCAAGAUGUCCCGUUUCAAACUGGUGCAUGCCAUCGCUCUCCGCAGAGUCGGUCAUUGGAGUAGUAGAAAGAGAGGCACAGAGUGGGGCUUCACCAGAGCACGAUAGAGGUGCACGGCGGCACAAGACUGAGGUCGAAACGAUCAGUUCGGCGACGCGGUCACGGGACCACGUGUGCUGCGCCAAUAUACGAAUCGAAAUUCUGGGCAUCAACUGCUGGGGCCGGACUACAUCUAGUACCGACAUGGCUCCCGAUCCUCCCGCCGUGCAUCGGCCCUGGUGCACCGCUAUUCCCGAGCGUCAUGAACAGUUUCUGCAAUGAAACCUGGUCAAAGCUAGUUCCUAAGCCACGUGAUUGAGCUCC